UCCAAAUAUAAAUUAAGCUCUUCCUCUCAAAAACAUUAAUUUCUUUCAGUACUUUCAGCUGCCAAAGAAAAAUGGAUGAGCUUGCAGUUGCAGCUCUAACAGUCAUUUCUGUUCUAGUCUUCGUCUUCUGGUACUCAUGGAUGUUCAAGAAAUCAAAAGACGGAACAGCUCCACAUCCACCAGGGCCCAGGGGCCUGCCAAUUCUUGGGUACCUACCAUUUCUGCACGUCAAUUUGCAUCACCAAUUCACAGAACUCGCUCAAAAAUAUGGCCCUAUCUACAAACUCCAGCUGGGUAGCAAAAUUUGCAUGGUAAUAAGCUCCCCAGCUCUGAUAAAGGAGGUGGUUCGUGAUCAAGACACAACUUUUGCGAAUCGGGACCCUCCCAUUGCAGCAAUAGCCGCUACCGGUGGACUAGACAUCUUCUGGGCGCCCUACGGGCCUUACUGGCGCGACAUGCGAAAACUAUUCGUGCGCCAGAUGCUAAGCAAUAACAAUCUCCAGGCUUCCUACGGGCUGAGGAAAGAGGAGGUGGCAAAGGUGCUGAGAGAUGUGAGUAAGAAUAUAGGCAAGCCUAUUGAAAUUGGUGAAAUGAUUUUCCUGACUGAGCUCAAUGUGAUACUGAGCUUGCUCUGGGGUGGGACGAUCGAUGCUGAGACGCGUGGUAGGCUGGGAGCAGAGUUUCGGUAUAAGGUAUCAAAACUCGUGGAUUUGUUGGGAAAGCCUAAUGUUUCUGAUUAUUUUCCGGUUCUAGCCAAGUUUGAUGUUCAAGGAAUUGAGAAAGAAAUGAGGGCUGUUGUGCCUGGCAUCGAGGAAAUUCUUGAUUCUGUUAUAGAUGAGCGGAUGAAGAUGAUAGCAGCCGACGGGGGAGAACCGAGUGCUGAAAGGGAAAAGGACCUUUUGGGAAUUCUUUUGGAGCUGAAGGAGCAAGAAGUCGGAGAAGGAUCAUCAUUUGGGCUGACCCAAAUAAAGGCUAUUUUGAUGGACAUUGUCGUAGGCGGGACCGACACCACAGCGACGAUAGUGGAGUGGGUGAUGGCCGAGCUUCUACAAAACCCCGACAUAAUGAAAAAGGUGCAAGAGGAACUAACAGAUGUCAUAGGGGAGAACAACAUCGCGGAAGAAUUCCACAUAACCAAACUACACUAUCUGGAUGCAGUCGUGAAGGAAACCUUCCGCCUUCACCCUCCACUUCCACUCCUCGUCCCCAGGUUUCCCAGCCAAUCCUGCGUAGUUGGCGGAUACAUGAUUCCAAAGCACUCACAAGUCUUCUUGAACAUGUGGUCAAUUUCUAUGGAUCCACAAGUUUGGGAAAAUCCUUCUGAAUUUCGGCCUGACAGGUUUCUAAAGCACACUGAAAAUUUUGAUUACAUGGGGAACAAUGUUCAAUAUCUUCCAUUUGGAUCAGGUAGAAGGGUGUGUCCCGGUAUCCCUCUGGGUGAGAAAAUGGUGAUGUAUUUGCUUGCUACACUCCUUCACUCAUUCAAAUGGCAGUUGCCGGAGGGCGAAACUGUUGACCUUUUGGAGAAAUUUGGGAUCGUCAUGAGGAAGAAAACACCAUUGUUUGCUAUUCCGUAUCAGAGGUUCUAAUACUCUAUUCAAUGUAGUUUUCACAGUCUUUUUUCAAUAAAAGCAAUAAGUAUAUGGUUAUAUCA